AACAUCAUUUAAACCACGUAAUUUUUAAAUACACCUCCCGUAUUUAAACUUUUUGAAACUUACUUGGUCAUAUUAUACUUGGUUUGAACUGGCGUUGUUUAGAAAUGUUAUGAAGUGGUCUGUUAAAAUAAAUAAGGUAAAUACAUUACAGUACAGAACAAUACUACAUAUAGCUACAUAAUUCCAACACACUUGAUAAUAUAAUAUAUAUAAAAAAUAUAUACAUUAGGAAAAUAAGUCUGAAAACGUAAAAUUAGAAAUAUAUAUAUUUUUUAAAACCUAUAGUGAGCUUCACAGUAAUGGGCGUGGCACAGCACAGGUGAGGGGGAGGAGAAGAAAGUCUCAAACACAGGAAGUUAAGAAAGGUGGGCUGAAUUUUUCUCUGCAAAAACAAAAAAAGAUCCCACUGUACACGGAAUCCUACGAGGAAGAUGCCAGAGAGGGGGAGACACCCCCAGAGGAGUGGGGAGUAUGAUGAGUACAAGAACCGGGACAGGGACAGGGACAGGGACAGGGACUACCCAAGGAAUGGAGACCAUGCGUCUUAUGAAGACAGAGGACGCAUCCAAAAGCCGAGAGACAGAGAGGAGAGAAGUUCUGCCGGUGACAGGAGGCCAAAACAAAACCGACAGAGGGACGUGACAACUGCCUCUCACAAUGAGCCACCUGUUUACAGAGACCACAGCCAUGAAGGACCCUCAAUACUGUCAAGAGAGGAUUCAAUGUACCACUCUGAAGGGCAGUACUAUGAGUCACAACAAAGACAUGCUCUUUACAACCUCAAAUACAUCUUAACUAGCCGAGGUAUCUGCCAGCUCAUGGAGCUGUUUGUGAAUUUGCUUAUCGUCAUUUGUGCGGGGGUCCCGUACAGCAACAAAGGGGGCUACAGGGACCUGGCCAGCCUCGGUGGAAUCUACUAUUAUCACUUUGGUGGAGCCAAUGCAUUCACUGGAGCCGAUGCAGACCGAGUCAAAGAGCUGGACCAGCUGUUCCAUCAGCUCAAGGGUCCUCCGUAUGUCUUCACCAUGGCCUGCGGGGGGGUUUUGAUGAUCUAUGCCUGUGUCAUGCUCGGCCUGGGAAUUUUUAGGGUCCCUUACCGCUUCCCCCCUGUGCUGCUGGGCGAGGCUCUGCUGAACUUCCUGAUCGGCCUGGGCUACAUCCCUGCGCUGGCCUUCUACUUUAUUAAGCUGCAGCAGACCUACAAUGACCCCAUCUGCACGGAGAGAGAGCAGAUGUACAAGAGCAAAGGGCACAAGGGAUUUGAGUGCCAGUUCCACGGUGCAGAUAUUGCAGGAGGUCUCUUUGGGGUUUUUGGGGUGUUUGUUUUCAUCUUCGGCGCAGUGUUAGCCAUCAAGGCGUUCAAGGCAGUGAGGGAGCUAAAGAAGCAGAAGACAAAUGAGGACAGUAAUCUAUAAAGCUUUUCUUUGAACAAAAGUGGGAUUGAUUAGAAAAUCCCUGUGACAAUAUCUUUGUCAUAUUAGGUGUUAAUGAUUAUUCGUACGUGAAUUACUUUUAAUAUCUUGGGAAGUAUUUACUUUUUACUUUUUCAAUCUAGCAAUUUCCAGUUUACAUACCUGUGCAUUGUUUCUGUUACAUUUUCUAUAAUAAACCACUCAACUGUG